ACGUGGGUGGCACGGCCGCUGCGUCAGUCACAGUCCUGGCUGCGGGAGUCGAGCCGCCGUCGCCGCCGCCAGCGGACGGGGCGGGGAUCCUGGUGUCAGGUCCUCGUCAACCCGCCCUCGUCGCCUCAGUCAGCCGUCCCAGCCGGGGCCCGACCGUCAUGGAGCGGUGUGGGGCCUACGCCUGUUCCGUGUGAGGCGCGUCGCUCGCCGCCGCCGCCUUGGCUUUUCUAGGCCUCUGGAACCCCCGCCGCCUCCCGGAGCCCCUCGCCCUUGGCAGCCUGUCGCCGCCCCCUGGGCGAUCUCGAAUGCGCGUCUAGUGAAGGUGCAGGCCCGGCGCCUCCACUGCCGCGGUCAGGAGAUGGUUCGGGCCUAGCGGAGCCGGGACUGGAGCAACAUGAACCGUGAAGACCGGAAUGUGCUGCGUAUGAAAGAACGGGAAAGGCGGAAUCAGGAAAUUCAGCAGGGCGAAGACGCCUUCCCACCUAGUUCUCCUCUCUUUGCUGAGCCAUACAAAGUUACUAGCAAAGAAGAUAAGUUAUCAAGCCGCAUUCAGAGUAUGCUUGGAAACUACGAUGAAAUGAAGGAUUUCAUAGGAGACAGAUCUAUACCAAAGCUUGUUGCAAUUCCCAAGCCUACAGUACCACCAUCAGCAGAUGAAAAAUCUAACCCAAAUUUCUUUGAACAGAGACAUGGAGGCUCUCAUCAGAGUAGCAAAUGGACUCCAGUAGGACCCGCACCCAGCACUUCUCAGUCUCAGAAACGGUCCUCAGGCUUACAGAGUGGACAUAGUAGCCAGCGGACCAGUGCGGGUAGCAGUAGUGGCACUAAUAGUAGCAGUCAGAGGCAUGACCGUGAGUCGUAUAACAGUAGUGUGAGCAGUAGCCAAAAAGGCCAGCAUGGAUCAGAACACUCCAAAUCACGUUCUUCUAGCCCCGGAAAACCCCAGGCUGUUUCUUCCUUAAGCUCUAGUCAUUCCAGGUCUCAUGGGAGUGAUCACCAUAGCAAGGAACAUCAACGCUCCAAAUCGCCUCGGGACCCUGAUGCAAACUGGGAUUCUCCUUCCCGUGUACCUUUUUCAAGUGGGCAGCACUCAAAUCAAUCUUUCCCACCCUCAUUGAUGUCAAAGUCCAACUCAAUGUUACAGAAACCUACUGCCUAUGUGCGGCCCAUGGACGGACAAGAGUCCAUGGAACCAAAGCUGUCUUCUGAGCACUACAGCAGCCAAUCCCAUGGCAACAGCAUGACUGAGCUGAAGCCCAGCAGCAAAGCACAUCUCACCAAGCUGAAAAUACCUUCCCAACCACUGGAUGCAUCAGCUUCUGGUGAUGUGAGCUGUGUGGAUGAAAUCCUAAAAGAGAUGACGCAUUCAUGGCCUCCCCCUCUAACGGCUAUUCAUACACCAUGCAAAACAGAACCUUCCAAAUUUCCUUUUCCAACUAAGGAUUCUCAGCAGUCCAAUUUUGGCCCUGGAGAACAAAAAAGAUAUAAUCCUUCUAAAACUUCAAAUGGGCACCAGUCUAAAUCUAUGUUAAAAGAUGACUUAAAACUAAGCAGCAGUGAAGACAGUGAUGGGGAACAGGAUUGUGAUAAGACAAUGCCAAGGAGCACACCUGGAAGUAACUCUGAACCUUCACACCAUAAUAGUGAAGGAGCAGAUAACUCCAGGGAUGAUUCUAGUAGCCACAGUGGAUCUGAAAGCAGCUCUGGAUCUGACUCAGAGAGUGAAAGUAGUUCCAGUGACAGUGAGGCAAAUGAGCCAUCCCAGAGUGCAUCUCCUGAGCCUGAACCCCCGCCAACAAACAAAUGGCAACUUGAUAAUUGGUUGAAUAAGGUGAACCCACAUAAAGUGUCACCCGCUUCUUCAGUGGACAGUAAUAUCCCAUCAUCUCAAGGUUACAAAAAGGAAGGCAGAGAGCAGGGCACUGGGAAUAGCUACACUGAUACGACUGGACCCAAAGAAACGAGUUCCGCUACUCCUGGACGAGACUCCAAAACCAUCCAAAAGGGAUCAGAAAGUGGGCGUGGGAGACAGAAAUCUCCUGCUCAGAGUGACAGCACAACACAGAGAAGAACUGUAGGCAAAAAACAACCCAAAAAGGCUGAGAAGGCAGCUGCUGAAGAGCCUCGUGGAGGCCUGAAGAUAGAAAGUGAAACCCCUGUAGACUUGGCUAGCAGCAUGCCCUCCAGCAGACACAAAGCAGCCACCAAAGGCUCAAGGAAACCCAAUAUAAAGAAGGAGUCUAAGUCUUCCCCUCGACCUACAGCAGAGAAAAAGAAAUAUAAGUCGACAAGUAAAUCUUCCCAGAAAUCAAGGGAAAUCAUAGAAACAGAUACCUCAUCCUCAGAUUCAGAUGAAAGUGAGAGCCUUCCUCCUUCCUCACAAACUCCUAAGUACCCCGAGAGUAAUAGGACUCCUGUUAAACCCUCCUCAAUGGAGGAAGAAGAUAGCUUUUUUCGGCAACGAAUGUUCUCUCCUAUGGAAGAGAAGGAACUUCUUUCACCCCUCAGUGAGCCUGAUGACAGGUAUCCACUUAUUGUGAAGAUUGACCUGAAUCUUUUGACUAGAAUACCAGGAAAGCCUUACAAAGAAACAGAGCCACCCAAGGGGGAAAAGAAAAAUGUGCCAGAAAAGCACACGAGAGAGGCUCAGAAACAAGCCUCAGAAAAAGUUUCCAACAAAGGCAAGAGAAAGCAUAAGAAUGAAGAUGAUAGCCGAGCCAGUGAGAGCAAGAAACCCAAAACGGAGGACAAGAAUUCAGCAGGCCAUAAGCCAUCCAGCAACAGAGAGUCAUCUAAGCAGAGUGCUGCAAAAGAAAAGGAUUUGUUGCCUUCUCCCGCUGGGCCUGUUCCUUCAAAAGAUCCAAAAACAGAGCAUGGCUCUAGGAAGAGGACUAUUAGUCAGUCUUCUUCCUUAAAGUCAAGCAGUAACAGCAACAAGGAGACAAGUGGCAGCAGCAAAAACAGUUCUUCCACAUCCAAGCAGAAGAAGACCGAAGGGAAGACUUCUAGUAACUCCAAGGAGGUUAAGGAAAAGGCUCCAAGUAGCUCCUCUCACUGUCCUCCAUCUGCACCAACUCUUGAUUCUUCUAAGCCUCGGAGAACAAAGCUUGUCUUUGAUGACAGAAAUUAUUCAGCAGACCAUUAUCUACAAGAAGCAAAAAAGCUAAAGCACAAUGCAGAUGCAUUGUCUGAUAGGUUUGAGAAAGCUGUAUACUAUCUUGAUGCUGUGGUAUCUUUCAUUGAAUGUGGGAAUGCAUUAGAGAAAAAUGCUCAGGAAUCCAAAUCCCCAUUCCCUAUGUAUUCAGAGACGGUGGAUCUCAUCAAAUACACUAUGAAGCUAAAGAACUACUUGGCACCAGAUGCUACAGCUGCAGAUAAACGACUCACAGUGCUUUGCCUGCGAUGCGAGUCUUUGCUGUACCUGAGGCUAUUCAAACUGAAGAAGGAAAAUGCUCUGAAGUACUCAAAGACACUGACAGAGCACCUGAAGAAUUCUUACAAUAAUUCUCAAGCACCAUCGCCUGGUUUGGGAAGCAAAGCUGUGGGGAUGCCUUCCCCUGUUUCUCCAAAGCUGUCACCAGGCAAUUCAGGAAAUUACUCAUCUGGGGCCAGUAGUGCUUCUGCAAGUGGUUCUUCAGUGACCAUUCCACAGAAGAUCCACCAGAUGGCAGCCAGCUAUGUUCAGGUCACAUCCAACUUCCUCUAUGCCACCGAAAUUUGGGACCAAGCUGAACAACUUUCCAAAGAGCAAAAAGAAUUCUUUGCUGAACUGGAUAAAGUAAUGGGUCCUCUCAUCUUUAAUGCAAGCAUCAUGACAGAUCUAGUUCGUUACACCCGGCAGGGACUGCACUGGCUUCGCCAGGAUGCCAAGUUGAUAUCUUGAACUGAACACAUUCUCGUUGCCUCUGAUUUUCUCCACAACACUGUGUCACAUCACAAAGGAAAACUGCCAUAACAUACAUACCACCUAGUCGACACUAAGAAUGAGGAAUAGUUUUCUCCUCGUUGGUUCAUGUGUUGUUGUUUUUUAUAAUCCAAAGCCAUCAUGUCAGUUGGCCCCUUUAAUAUUUCCAAUGUGAAAAAUUAUUUAAAUGCUUUUAAAUCUGCAGCACAUUGAAAAGAUGGUUUCCAUGAACUAUAAGAUUGAAAUUCCAGUUGCAAUUCAUAACUAAUGAAUUGAAAUUUUAUUUAUUUUAAUUUUUUUAAGUUCCCAGACUGGGGCUAGUUUAAGACUUAGUUAUUUCUGCCUAUGAAUUUACUCUGUUGAAUAUUUAGCAUAAAUUUAAUGUAGACAUUUUUAUUUAUAUACUUUGGGAGCUUUAUUACCUAAUGUCUUUUUGUGGUAGCUGUUCUAAGAGUAAGAAUUGGUUCAUCUAAAAUAAGGACAUAUUCUUUCUAUACCUACUACCUGAUAAUUGAAAUGAUAACUCUCGUUUUAUUAUUGUGGAAUUUACAGUUAGUAUUAAGGAUAUUCUUCUAUACAUGAAAAAUCACUUAAAUAUGAGAGAAUGACAUUCUACAUGUAUGUAAUAUGAACUGUGUCUGAUUUGGUAUGCAUUAUUUCAAAAACUGUGAAUGUGUGUUAAUAACACUACAGCAAUCACAAGGUGACUAUAACUUGCAUUUAAUGCAUUACAAAAGAGGGUGGGCAAACUUUCUAGAAGAAGCAUUUCAUUUUAAAGGUUUUCAUAAAGGACAAUCCUGAACUUUAUGGAUUUUAUUAAAACCAUAUGUUCUUUUUUAUUGCUAAUCAUUUGACACUUAAUCAAAGCAGAAUAAGUACUGAGGGUUGCUGCCUAUGUGUCUUUGAUAAUCUUUGAUGGUUAGAGUUAUUUUUCAGAUUUUUCCCCCUCAUACUGGAUUGUGAUGCUCUGAUAUGAGCAUGCAGUGACUGAUACAGAAAUAGGCUGGAGCUUUGGUGUGUGCUUUUGCUAUACAACUUACAGUUCUAAUGCCUGAUGUAGAGAUGGUGAAUUUCUUCUUUUUAAACCUAUCUUAUGUUUACUCCUUUUGUAUUAUGAAGGCCCUCUUCAAUGAUGUAUGUUUCUGAUGGAAUCAGAAAAUUUCACACUAGAAAAGUGUACCUAACUUGUUCAGUGUGAGCUCUCGGGACAGGGAGGGGGCCAGGGGUAGAGCUUAAGAAGCCGGCUCUGUAAGAGUUGUGUAUCAAAGUACCUUCUGCUGCAAGGUGCAUAUAGAAGUCAAAGGUAAGAAAUGUACCCUCUGUACUUUAUUUUUCAUGCCCCUAUCAUGUUUGGUGUGCCUUAAAUCUUACCUUUAAAUGAAGACUAUGGAUUGUUUACAAAUGAAGUUUUACACUAGGACCAGAUCGUCCAUACAUGAUUGGUCUUCUUCAACAAUAAUGUUAAAUUCUGUUUCAUCUUAAAUCUUUCUUUAGGGUCACAGAAAGAUUAGUUCUUUCAGAAAAGCUAUUGCUUUGGUACAUGACUUAGUCUGACCAAUUGGGUAAUGCUGCUUUGAAAAAUAGUUUGUCUCCCUCCCCAUUCCAAAAAUGAAUCUAUCUAGUCAGAAAAAAAAGAUGAUCCUACUAUUUGUAGAUGAUUGCUAAGGCCUGAAAUAGGAAAGGGGAACAAAGGGAUAGAAAAGCUUCAAGUCCCGUGGUGCAGUGAAUCCUUUGAGUUUGAGUCUUUUUUAUACUUAGUUCUGAAGGUGAACUUUCAUUGUCCUUGUGGCCUCAUAUUUAUAGAGUUUCUUAACUGUUUUGUACCUCAGAUUUUUUUUAGAUAUCAUUGAAGAUUGAGAUGUACAAAUUAUGUUGAAUUUAACGUUUCCCUUGGAGAAAUUGCCUCUGGUAUGUUUCUAACUUAAUCUUAGUGUGUUCUAGGAACAGUUUUCCAUAAGAGGACAACUUCUCAGCGAUCAUUAUAGUUAUUUAGUAAGAAAUAAUGGUUGUUAAUCAAGUACAUGUAUGUCUUGUCCUUCUCUGACUCCGAUUCCUUAACUCGCAGUGUUGUCUUAGAAAUGGAAAAAGUAUCCUCUGGGCUUUCAGACUUUCAGCAACAAUAGCCAGUGGGAUACCUCCAAGUUCUAGUGUGUUCUAGUCUCUUGUAUGUCCUGAAAGGCAGCAGGAGCAUUUCUGGGGUCACACUGAUUAUUUUGUUAAAGCAGAGUUUCCUGCAUGGUUUAUGGUGCUGCUCUAAUAUUUUCUCUUUAAAACUGUGUUAAUUUUUGGAGAAUGACUUUUUCAACCUUUUCAUUGUGGAGGGUUUUUCCCAGAAGGUUGUAAUGGGCAAUGAAUCGAAAUCCUAUCGUAAAUGAUUGACUAUUCAAUGUCAUAGUGUGUGGAAAUACUCCCUUUCCUUCAUAUCUGUCUUCUUAGAUGUUCUGUCUUUGUCAUCAUCUUCUCCGGCACAUACUUUGGACUCCUUUACAGGUGACCAUUCCUCCCUCCUUAAUAGGUGUCCUCAGUGUUUUCUAACCAUUUAAAACUGAAUUUGACAAGUGGCUAAAAACUUAGUCUGAGACUUGUACUUAACAUGUGGUUAAUUAUAGAAAUAACUAUUUUAACAAUUACUCUGUUGAUUGCUCUUUAUGACCACACUUGUAUGCCAGGAGGCAGCAGCCUGUACACCAUUGGACUCUUUACAAGCAACCAACGAACCAAUUGAAGUGGAUGCAGUUGUCACAGUAGUCUUGCCUGGGCCAGACUGGGCUGGGCUAUGGGGAACAUCUCCCUUCAGGGGAGUUUCCACAGCUCAGCCCAGGCUCCAGUCUGGUUAGAGAGCAUCCAGCCCAUUCCUUGCCUCACUUUUUCUGGGCAAGUGACUUUAUACGCAGUGAGUACUUCAGAUAAACUUACAGCUGUAGCUGCCGAAGAGUGGAGAAGGUUGACCACCAUUGAUUUAAUUAUCUAAUGUGAAAGCAAUUUAGAGCAGUAUGUGCACAAACCCACAGAUGCCUGUGUUUCUGGGAGCUCUCGAAGUGGUGGAUUCAUAGGCACUUGGGCUGCACUUUGAGCGGCACACUUGUGGCUUUAUUAGAUUCACUGGUUUUUAAAAAAUUGUUGUUCGUUUCUUUUCAUUAAAGAUUUAAUCAGCCAGAUAAGACAGCAUCAUUUUGUAUUUAAUGACAGAAACUUUGGUACAUUUUUUCAUGAAUGAGCUUGCAUUCUGAAGCAAGAGCCUACAAAAGGCACCUGUUAUAAAUGAAAGUUCUGGCUCUGGAGGCCAGUACUCUGUGGAGUUUCAGAGCAGCCAGUGAUUGUUCCAGUCAGUGAUGCCUAGUUAUAUAGAGGAAGGGUACACUGUGCACUCUUCUAGGUGUAAGGGUAUGCAACUUUGGAUCUUAAAAUUAUGUACACAUACACACUUUAUAUAUAUGUAUGUAUGUAUGUAUGAAAACAUGAAAUUAGUUUGUCAAAAAUGUGUGUGUUUAGUAUUUUAGCUUAGUGCGACUAUUUCCACAUUAUUUAUUAAAUUGAUCUAAGACACUUUCUUGUUGACACCUUGAAUAUUAAUGUUCGAGGGUGCAAUGUGUAUUCCUUUAGAUUGUUAAAGCUUAAUUACUAUGAUUUGUAGUAAAUUAACUUUUAAAACGUAUUUGAGCACUUCUAUAGUGUAAUAGGGCUCUUACAGGGUGGGAAAGAUUUUAAUUUUCCAGUUGCUAAUUGAACAGUAUGGCCUCAUUAUAUAUUUUGAUUUAUAGGAGUUUGUGUCUGGGUCCCAGGAACAUCUUCUGGGGAUGACUGUUAGGCAGCUUUUGAUGAUGAUUUUUUUUAAAAAAAAAAACCUAAGUAACUUGGGGAGCCAGAGCAUUUCAAACCCAUAUAGACACCUAUCAUACCAAUAUAUCCCCUAAUACAUGGAACAUAACUUUUAUUUCAACUUUAUGCAUUAAUGUGUUGAAGAGGCAGGCUUUUUUCCAGUAAUAAUAUUACACAUCUAAGGUUGCUAUUCAGUAAAAUUAAUAGAAGAGAUCAUUAUUGAAUGCCUUGGAAUAUGUAGUGACAAUAGGCCAAAUUGUUCAUGUUUGUGACCAUGUCUUUCAGAUACUCACUAAUGGAGAAAUUCAUUUUAGACCUCUAGGCUGGGUGCAGUGGCUCAUGCCCGUAAUCCCAGCACUUUGAGAGGCUGAGGCUGGUGGAUCACAAGGUCAGGAGAUAGGACCAUCCUGGCUAACAUGGUGAAACCCCGUCUCUACUAAAAACACAAAAAUUAGCUGGGCAUGGUGACACUUGCCUAUAGUCCCAGCUACUCGGGAGACUAAGGCAGGAGAAUUGCUUGCACUUGGGAGGUGGAGGUAGCAGUGAGCUGAGAUUGUGCCAUUGCACUCCAGCCUGGGCAACAGAGCAAGACUCUGUCUCAAAAAAAUAAAUAAAAUAAAAUAGACCUCUAGACCUGAAAACCAAGUUAGCAAGCGAAGAAAAGUAAAUUAUUAAUAGUAAAGUGGAUGCUGGUCUUACAAAGCUCCUAUUCACAUGAACCCUAAGGCUAAUUAAAAAGAACUUGCUGUCUCCAGAAAAGGGAAUGGAAAGAAUAACUAUACAUCUUCUUUUCAUGUAAUUUGGUCACAGAAUAAGGUAUUCAAGUUAAGUCUAAUCCAAGUCUUAGAGAUCUUUAAGUAUCUUAAAAUAGCAGCCUAAGUAGUCAUCAUAUAAAGAAGUUGACUUUCAGGAAUGUCAGCAUUGACCUCUCCUUGCCACUGUUACUCAGCUAAGCAUAACUUGCCAUUCUUAAAAAUAAAAAAAAGCUCUCUAAAUGAACGUGGAAAAAAAAACUCCCACCUAGAAGUUCUAGUAAUACUCAGUUUUGACUUCUUACUGCUUCCAUGUGGGGUUUCUUUUCAGCUUUUAACCAUUAGCAUUCUCUACCUGCUAUGUUCCUCUUUGGAAAAUAUCAAUUUGGAAAUGCUGCCUUUCAAAUCAAUGCCAUGAUUAUCCAUAUUGUUGAGUUUGUUGUUGCUGUUCCAGAAGUGUCCCCAUUUUACAACUUUAUGCACACACCUGGCAAAUCAUUGACAUGAGCAUUCAACAGUACUGGGAUGGGUGGGGUGGGGGGUGGGGGGCUCACCAACAGAACUGGCCCGGUUGACAUUGCCUGCAAAGGCACCAUCUUUGAGGGCCAGUUGUGGGGUUGGUAAGCACAGUUAUGAAAAUUUCUAUCUAACCUCCGUUUUGAAUGGUUUUAAGAAAUUUUAUAUAUGGAGGAUGGAAAUGCUUAUAUAUUUAUUGAAAAUCCUUUUAUUUGAAAUUAAAAUUAUUUGGUAAAUAAUUGUUUGAUAUUUUGGGAGGGUUUUGGAGGGGUGGUAAUGUCACUGAUAAAUUAAAAGCCUGUUGAUUUUGCAGAAAGGUACUGUUAGUGACUGAUAGGAUGCCUUUGUUUUGUACAUGAUCCAGAUCUUUGUUUUACAUUUUUUUUAUCCAAAAUAUUUAGGCAUCUGACAUUUUCAACCAAAAUUUCAAUUAUAUACUGUGAUUUUUAUUUGUUGCAAUACAUUAAAAUUUCAAAGGUACUUUGGGGCUCAAAAGCUAGGAUUUCUAAGUCAGUAUGUGCAUUUCACAUGAUAAAGCUGUUAAUGGUGAGCAAAGUAUUAUAUACUAACUAGAUUUUUCCACAUCUGUAUAGUAUAUUAUAUGUAUUUUGUGGUAUUGAGAGUAUAGAAAGUUUAGUGUCAAACAUGCGUUUAAUGUGUAUUUUUAAACAAAUUUAUGGCAAUUAAAAUAUUUGGAGACAAGGGUAUCACAUUUCAAUUUGUAAAGAUCUUUUUAACUCUAUUGUGUCAUUAAGAUGCUUUGUACAAUGCCAAACCAUAGCUGGAGAAACUAAGUUUAAUAAAUAUCAAAUAGAUUUUCUGUAUUAAAAGUUAA